AUGACAUGGACAGGAAAUAUUUUUGACCCGGAAGAAAGACAGUUAGAAAGAAGUGUGGGACGGCAACCGUUCGUACAAGUACCCCCGCACUGGCAACCAUUGGAGCAAGGAUCUUCACACCAGACAUUAUUGGCGCAAAGACUUCCGCACAGGCAAACAUUGGUGCAAAGACCUUCGCACCAGGUAUUAUUGGCGCAAGGACCUCCACGGCAGGAAUUAUUGGCGCAAGGAUUUCCGCACAGGCAACCGUUGGCACGAGGACCUCCGCACAGGCAACUGUUGGCGCAAGGACCUCCACAUUAG